GACUUUAAGGAUUAGAAUCUGCAGGAAUUAAAACACUCUAAAUCACAGCUGAUUAUUCCUUCUGGUAUCUAACUGGUGUCUGGGUUUAGGAGUGAAUUAAAAAGAUUGAAAUCUGAAGAAAAUAAAGGGAUUCUAAGUGGGAACCAUUGCUGACUCUUCCUACUGGUCUGACUGCUAACCUGAGUGGGAACUGUGGGGAAACACCUGAACAGAAAUAAGAGAUAUUGCAGACAUAACCUGCAGGAAUUAAAGGGGAUACAGAGGCUGAAUAUUUGGAGCACUUCCUGACUGGUUCCCAUUCUGUGAAUGAUGGAGAAGCAGGCUCUUCCAGCCUCCUCCUGCUCUCUGGUUCUCCUGGAAGAGACCAAAAAGAGCCCCAUAACUCUCUCUAAUGGGGGCGGUGGCAGUGGUUAUACCCCUGCGGCCGCUAAUGGCAGCCUCGUCCCGCUGACGGUGGCGGGGACAGGCGUCGCUGGUGGAGUGGUGGGCACUGCUUGUGUUGGACAGGACAAAAAAGGUGGCGUGGUCAACGGAGCGGGGCCUGGUUACCAGGAGCGGGAAACCUGGACGCGACAGAUGGACUUCAUCAUGUCCUGUGUGGGCUUUGCUGUAGGACUCGGGAACGUGUGGAGGUUCCCCUACCUGUGCUACAAGAACGGAGGAGGUGUGUUUCUCAUCCCCUACCUGCUGAUCGUGUUCGUUGGAGGAAUCCCCAUCUUCUUCCUAGAGAUCUCUCUCGGUCAGUUCAUGAAAGCGGGAAGCAUCAACGUCUGGAACAUCGCGCCGCUGUUUAAAGGUCUGGGUUAUGCCUCCAUGGUGAUUGUGUUUUUCUGUAACACCUACUACAUCAUGGUGCUGGCCUGGGGCUUCUACUACCUGAUCAAGUCCUUCACCGCCACGCUCCCGUGGUCCUCCUGCAACAACGAGUGGAACACGCCCAGCUGCAUCGAGAUCUUCCAUCACCAAGACUGCAAAAACGCCAGCUUUGCCAACAUCACCAUCGGCAGCAGCAACAUGACCUGCGCCGACCUGGCCGACGCGCGAUCGCCCAUCAUCGAGUUCUGGGAAAACAAAGUGUUGAACAUCUCGUCUGGUCUGGACGAACCGGGGAAGAUGAACUGGGAGCUCAUUUUGUGUCUGAUGGCUGUCUGGGUUCUGGUUUACUUCUGCGUCUGGAAGGGAGUCAAAUCCACCGGGAAGAUUGUGUACUUCACGGCCACCUUUCCCUAUGUGGUCCUCAUCAUCCUGCUGGUCAGAGGGGUGACCCUGCCCGGAGCCUACGAUGGCAUCAUGUACUACAUCAAACCCAACUGGUCCAAACUGGAGGAGGCUCAGGUCAGUUCUCUGAUGUCUGUGUGUGUUUCAGGUCCAGGUCUGGCCUUCAUUGCAUAUCCGAAGGCAGUCAGUCUGAUGCCGGUGGCCCCGCUGUGGGCGGCGCUCUUCUUCUUCAUGCUGCUGCUGCUCGGACUGGACAGUCAGGUGACCAACACACUCUGUAUCAUACCUUUAAUCAGCUGUGCAUUUUGUGAAGGAGCUUAUGAAAGAACGAAACACUUCAUCUUGAACUGUUUUACUAAAUCGACACUGUUCACUGAGCCGUCUGCUCCUCUGCAGGGAGGGAUGUACGUCUUCCAAUUGUUUGACUACUAUUCGGCCAGUGGGAUGACUCUGCUGUGGCAAGCAUUCUGGGAAUGCAUAGUAGUUGCCUGGGUCUACGGUGCUGACCGCUUCAUGGAUGAUGUGGCUCGUAUGAUCGGCUACCGGCCCUUCCCCUGGAUGAAGUGGUGCUGGUCUUUUAUAACUCCAUGUGUCUGCAUCGGUAUCUUUCUGUUCCACCUGGUGAACUAUAAGCCCCUGACCUACAACAAUGUGUACGUGUACCCAUGGUGGGGCGAGGUGAUCGGCUGGUGUCUGGCUCUGUCCUCCAUGCUGUGCAUUCCUGUCAGCGUUCUCUACAAACUCUUUAGAGCCAAGGGAACCUUCAAAGAGCGUUGGGCCCACCUGACCACUCCGGUGUGGGGAGCCCAUCACUUGGAGUACAUGGCGCCGGAUAUCAAGUCCUUGAGCUCCAUGUCGCCCGGCACCGAUGACAACAAAGUCAUCAUCUUCGAGAGUGUCAUGUAGGCAGGACUCCAUCCCUGUCCAUCCAUCCACCUCCGACCAGACAACCGACAGCACCACACUCGACCUUCAGCUUUACCUCCAACCCAUACAGAGGCCUCAGGAAGGACUCGAAGUGAUUGAUUAGAUUUGUGGACUGAUUGAUUGCCUUUGCCCUUCGAUUAAUUGAUUGAUGGGUCUCCUUGGACCUAUUGAUCAGUUGGUCUCUUCAUGUCACCAAAACGACCAAUGCUAAAGAUUUUUUUAAUACCUAGAAAAGAACAAAGCAGAAGAGGAGGGACACAGCUCCUUCAGAAAGCUUUUCAUAAUUCCAACAACCUCGAACAACCAGGAAAAAGAAAUACUCUCCAUGAAUGUGGAUAAAAUAAGGGUAAUCUAAAGUUUUCACUAAAGGCAGAAUCAUUUUGUGUUCUCUAAAAAAACAAAACAAAAGAGUGUCUGCUGUCGAGGUCGAAGUCGGAGGUCAGGUUUCCUCCAUCACCGAUGAUCGGUAGCAUCAAUGCUCUCCUCCCUGGGUGGGUGGGAUGAAACGUUAACUAAUAAACUGCCAUUAAUACAAUCAUCUCAUUAUUAAAUGUUAAAGGGACUUGUGCUAACUGAUUUUUAUUUUAAAAAAUGGCCGUUUAUUCAUACAGACAGAGUUGUAGACAGACAGACUGACUGACCCCCAGAACAUUAACAGAGGUCAUUUGCUUUGCAACAGGAUUUAAUAAAUGACAGGAAAUAGUCUGAGACGCAGUCCCGUCGUAAAACAUAAAAAUGGAAGAAAAGAUCGACCGAGAACCAGAACUAUCGGGUUGAACGAUCUCCAGGACUGGAGAGGAAAGAGUUCAACCUCCUGUUAUCAAGCAAACCAGCGGUCCAGGAAGCCAGACUGUGCUCAGAGUCCUGAAAACACCCUCAGACACCCUUUGAGCACUUUGAUUGUUGAGGCCCAAAUCCUAAAACUCAAACUGCUGCCCUGAUUCCUUUUGAACGUUUCACUAUAUCGGUGCAGCUCUGCUGAAGCUAAAUACUACAAACCACCAGCUUUUUACUACUGAUCCCAGAACAGUCCUGGCUCCUGAGCAGUGUCGUGCUUCUCUGACCGCUGACCUCUGAUCUGCAACAACAGAUCUGAUCUCAGAGGGAAAUGUCCAGAGAGACUUCAGUCAGUUAUAACAAGGGCUUUAAAUUGAUCAAAAACAGUUAAUAAGAUCAGUAAAAUCUCCUCAGCGCUUUUAACCCCAACCAGAUGCAAACACACAGAUGCCGUCAGCUGUUGAAACUGAUGUGAAACUAGACUGAAAUCUCACUGGAUCUGACCUUUAACCCCUCCCUGUCAUGUGUCUGACCUCCCUGUGAGGAGGUUCGGGCCUGCGUGCGAAUCAGGUCAGAGGUCGGGCUUCGUUCAGUGUCCCCCGGGUCGACUGAAGUGCCAAAUGGGGCGCUGCCCGCCCUGCAGGGCUGAUCCUAGACCAGGGCUCCAGGCUGCCAAAAUCAACCUGUUAGCUCUUCUCUCUGCCUCGUCUCUCAGUCUCAUCGACGCUGCAGUCCUCCAUCCAAACCUCACUUCUUCCUACUGAACCACUGAUCGUGGCACCUUCCAUCUCACAUUCAUAGUUUCAUACACCUAAACUUCUCCUGUGUGAUCAGAGUUCAUAUCAUUCUAGCCAUUUGUUUUAAGGGCCUCCCUUUGGGUGUAGCUCCUCAAACAAGCAACGCUGCCUCUGUAUGUGGUUAACCUCGUCUCCGCACAGUAAUGGAAAUUAGACAUUCGCACUCUAGUGAAUAUCACAAAAUAUUUAACAGGUUUCUAAGAUUCCUCAAGAAAAAGAAAAAGAAAUAUCAAUGUGAGAUUGGUUUGAAUAGAAUACUUUCUGAAUUGAAAUAAGAAAACUAGCAUCAAUAAAAUGGUAAUAUAAGUACAUCGGCGCUCUUCCUUACACAAUGCAUCAACCAAGUAACACUAACUCACAUUCAUGAAGUUAGACUGCAAUAUAUGCACAAAAGUAUUGUAAUUAAUUGAAACUUAAAACACUUAAACACAUUUUUAAAUGACAAAAAUAAACUAAAACAAGAAAUCACACUCACACACUGUCAGUCGUAGACAAAUUUAUGUAACUGUACACAAUUAAAUAUUAUUUGUAUAAAAUUAACAGCAGAAAAUGACAGGAAGGGGUCAUUUGUAUUGCUUAAACUGAUAAAUAUGAUUUAGCUGGGUGCUUUUUUUUCCUUUUCUUUAACUGAAAAAUAGCACGGGGCUAACUUCUAGUGUUAAUGAUUUCAUAACGUUGGAAAUGUGUGAACCCUGUGCAAAUCGUCUGCACAAAAAAGCCCCAUACAGAUGAGCAGACACUAAAGUACUGAAAUACACUUCAAAAAGUGUUUAAAUUUAAGAAAAAUUGCUGAAGUGAAAUAUGAACCUCAAAAUUAGCUACAAAAACUAUCAACAGGACUUCCACUGAUUUGCUUAGUGGACCCAAAAUGCACCUUUAGUCUGGAGACCAGAAAAAGACCUGAUUUGACUUUAAAACCGAGUCCGUGUUCACCUGCCGUCCGGUCAGCUGGUGGAGAGAUGAGAGCCGGAGGACUCAGUGUGGUGCCAAGCAUUGCCUUACAUUGUUGUCUUAACUCUAGAGCCUGAACGGUUGACUAGCCAAACCCAGAGCCCUACAGGACGUCCUGUGUACGGCUCUGGUUUAUAUCAAACCAAUCAGCAGUCUGCGGGGGCGUGUCUAUAACUCUGUCUCCUAGCAACCCCUCACCAUCCACCCAUCAUGGGGAACUAUAACAAUUAGAAUGUCAAAUAUGCGAAAAUUACCUACAUUUGCACAUUACUGUAAAAAACAGAAAUAAUGUUGCUAGCACUUUUAAAAAAGAAUCGUGUUAGAAAUCGCGUUUUGUUUUACAUAUUGUAAGAUGAAUCAGAGAUUUAUUUUAUGGAGGCUUUUAUUUUGCUGAUACAUACAAUAUGACAAAUAUAUAUAUAUUGAAUAUCUUUGUGUGUUAUCUAUAUUUGAUGCAGUAUAUAAUUGCGAUAAUGAUGAUGAUUUCUGGCUGAUUGUUCACGUUUAGCUGGCGAGCACAAGCAAAGCGGUGCCUCGAGCUUCAGGCUACCUCACUCCUCAUUCAGACUUUCAAAGCAAAUUUCUUUUGGCUUUUUAUGCAAAGUUUUGUCAGCAGUACCGGCUGGUAGCAGGAGGGGAUUGUGGGAACCUUGACAGUUCUCCGACACCAAUGAAAACAAAAAGUGAUGCUUUAAAACAACUUAAACUGGGGAUUUUUAUGUUGAAUUUUUUUUUUUUUAAAUUGAAUGUUGCUGAUACACACUGAUGCUGCGAGGCCUUUGACCAGGUGUCUGACUAGCUAACGUGAACAACCAGCGUAGGGCGGGGCUAUUAUUCCGGCGGGCUUGCUGCGAUGCAGUGAUAUGAAGACUGUCGAGGUUUCGUGUGGAUCUGAGCAAACUUCAAAAGGGAAUCUGUUGGGUUCUCUCUUUUACUUUUACUGACUUCUAAUGUUCAAAGUGCUCAAGUGUUUGAAGAGUUUUAGCUUUAGAUGAUUUUUAUUCUUUGUGUUUUAAUCAAUCAGUGUUCUCCCAACGACCCCCCCACGGCUCUCACGUCAUUACUUGAGUUUGAUAGAAAAGUAUGACAAACAAUCCUUUAAAGUAAAUUUGCUGAUAAUUGCUGUAACUGCCAUUUGAAGUAAUUAGGAAGCUCCUGCCACUCACUAUCUCAGUAUAGUGAGGUGGUCAGGCCUGAAGUGACAAUGCCAACAUGCGUGCAGCUGAAAAUAUAAACAAAACAAACACUAAGAUACUCCACCGGUUAGUUUAAGACCUUAAUUACAGCCAGAUACCCAAGAACUUAAAGAACAGCAUUAGCAGAAUCAGCAAAACAGACACAAAUCUGGUUUCUGUAUUUAAUCUCUGCCUUAAAGCCCUGUUCAGUCAGAACGGAUGGAAGUUUUUAAUCCAGUCAAAUAAACGAGUCGGAUGAAAUGGUUGAGUUCAAAAACCUGCAUCCUGUACAACAAUGAUAACAGUCGCCCUCUAUCAUGUUUGGUUUAUGCAAAGUAAGAAGUCAACAUAGCAUAAUGGACACAAACAAGACAAACUCAGUCAUUUUCAGACCAAAUGGAAACCUAAUUAUGAAGACCAACCAAAGGGACUUAAAAAACAGUAUUUGGGCUGUAAAGUCAAACAUCAUCUGCAUAAAAAAUGCUUCAAAAACAAUUCUUUGGAUUUGGUAUGACUUCUACUUUUCAAUUAUAUCAAUACCUCUGAUGUAAAUCUAUAUUAAAAGUUUGAUGUUUUAAGAAAAAGCCCAUAGUUAGCCUGAGAAUCUUCCCAUUUUCUUCAGAAUCAGUGACCUAAAAAUAAUUGUGCUUUUCGCCGACAAAAACGUGAACAAAUCAAAAAUAAGGGAACAAAAAAUAAUGUUUAAGAGAAAAAUAAAGAAGGGUUUUAAAUUAGAGAAAGAAGAGGUAUCCUGCUUAUGAGGAGCUUGUUGUGGUUGGAACUUUUACAGUUACUACCCAAAUACACAAAAGACUCUCUUAUAAUUCUCAAAGAGCAAACCACCUUAAAUGGGGUUUAAGGGAAAGAGUGCAGAGCUCAGAUGAGCCAGUUCCCAGAAUGUUUAGGAUUCCUCUGUUGAUCAAACUUUUCAUAUUUAAAUGAGAAUCCAAAGCGAGGAUGCCUUUUGUGCAGCGUUCUGCUGCAGUGUGCUGGGACGUCUUCUAGGAGCCAAAACAAAAGUCGUCUGCUCAAAAAUACUUCAAUACAAACCCUUCUUUCAGUUAUUGUACACAACUAAUUCAAGAACGGAUCAAAGACAAAGUUUCUAAUUUUUAAAAUGUACAGAUGACUCACUAAGUUAUCAGUAACUAAUGUCACUGAUAACUGCUAUUUCAUUAAUAAAACUAAACUUGCAGCAAUAACCAAUCAAACUCACAGUUUAAUGUUUAAUGUUAAAUUUUUUUAAAAAGUUGUGUUGUAGUGUUCUCGUCUUGUUUCCGGACUGGAGCCUGGGUGGGUCAGAGUGUGAAAAAACAAAAAGAAUCUACAGCCAUUUAAGAAAAUGAACAUGUAUGUUACAAAAUCAAUGUUGUUUCAUGUCAGUUUGUGUGUGCUCUUCUGCCAAAACACAUGUUGUGACAGAGUCAUUAAUCCAAAACUGUGACUGGAAACGGCCAGGCUGGAUGCUGCAAAACACACCUGCACAGGUGCAGGGAGGCGGCUCUUUUUAGUUUUCCUCACUCAGGAUGAAGUGAGUGAUGUCACAGAUGAUGGUGUGAACUGAACAUGCUAUGCAAACGGUUGUGCUUCAGCCUGCGUGUUUCUGGACGAACAAUCAGACAUUCAGACAACAAAAAUGACCCAAUGCAGCAUCUGGAUUCUCACAGUGAGAAAUGUUCUGGUCUCAUCUGGACUGAAGCCACACUUUACUAUUUUUUUAAAUAAACAAUAACUGAUCUUUUACAUAUCAAACUUUUUAAUGCCCGCAUUGCCAUUAUUUUCAUUUUCAGACAAGUAUUUAAGAGUAAGAACUAAAAUAAAGUAAAAAUAAGUUCAUGUCAAACAUCAAUGUGUUGUACUCAGAAUGUGAAAAUCUUUAGCAAAUUACUUUUAUGCAGCAUUUUGAAAUGCACAUCCAGAAUGUAUCCAUAAUUACAUUUUUUUGAGAUCUUUUUUUGUGCCGAAAAUUUCAAUGCUAAUUUGCAGUUGUAAAAAUAAAAUCAGAAACGUAGUAUUAAGGACAACAAAAUCACACCUGAAACUUGGUGAUGGAACAACUAGCAGAGCAGAAAAGGCUUUUAUGUUCAGUUUUUAAGUUUUAUAUUUUAAUUCAAUCAAGUUAAAACGUUGCUUUUAAAAUCUUAUGAAAGAGAACAGAACCAAUGCUUUUUUUUACAUUUAAAUUUUAAAAAUCCCUGAACUUGUCCAUGUUGCUCUGACUAUCCGAUUGUUCACUUCAGGUUUUUGAUAAAUGAUACUUCGCUCAGCUGGUUUCCUUCAGUGGAGAGCGUUUAUUUCCCAGAAUCCUCCUGCUGUUCUCAGACCCGUGUAAAGUAGAUAACUCUCACAGCAGAGAUGUUAGCAGAAUGUUUAGCGGUUAUUUUACAGCCAACAAGUUGCCAAAAUAUUUAACAUCCAAAUAAACCAGAACUACGAAAGCCUAAAAGGGAACACGCAAAGAAACGAGACGAUGCAUUAAGGUUUCGUUUCUUGACAGAACAGGAAGGUUUUCUGGGAAAAGCAAAUAACUGGUGCUGUGGAAAAACAACCAAAAAUAUCACUGUGUGAAAUAUUUUUUUGGGAAGCUGACCUCAGGUGGGAUUUUUGCAGCAGUGGAACCAGCAGGAGGCGCUCUCCUCCCCUGGGAAAUGUCAUCAAGUUUGGGCUGGAAACAGAGACAGAGACCCCUGACAAUUAAAACCUGCUGAAAUCAAUUAAGGGUUCAAUAAAAACACUGACGUGUACACAAGAUCAAGCUAAAAUAAUUGGAAGUCAAGUGAGUGAAAUGACUCACAGUAGCUUCCACUGAAGGCAAAGUACAAAACCAAACAACCAUCCAAUCACAGUCAGGCAAAAGUACCGUAGCUAAACAUCAUCUCAUUAAUUGAACCCAUUCACUGUAACAGAUUCUGAGUGAACGUGUACACGCAACAGACAGGAAAGACUUCAGCCAACAGGUCCUGCCUCUGUCCCAGCUCAGACACAGCUACAUGGUGCCCUCAGUGUUGUAACUGUGUCUUUGUGAUUUGUGUAAACCACAGUCUUCCAUACAUAACUGUAGAGCAGACUCUUGAUUAAGUAGCUUAACGAAGUAACUAGUAGCCGUACUAAUGAUAAUAACGUAACUCGGGGGCUUCAGUUAAAGAGUCACCAGCCAAAAAUUUGCAGAGUCAAUGUUAAAGACUUAACUUUGAGCCCUGUCGGUGUCACCUGUGUUUCAUCGACCUUUGACCCCUGCGAGGGUCUCCAUGCUGCCAGCUGCUGUGAUCACUGUGCUCAUUAACCACCCAAUAAACUAACAGCAAUAAAACUAAUGUCACAACAAACA